CCUAAAGUUACUGAAACAUUCCUGAAACAUUUUUGAAAUGCUCCUAAAGUUCCUGAAACGUUCUUGAAACUUUCUUGAAAUGCUCCUAAAGUUCCUGAAACUUUCUUGAAACGCUUCUAAAGUUACUGAAACAUUCUUGAAACGCUCCUAAAGUUACUGAAACAUUCCUGAGACGUUCUUAACAAGCUCCUAAUGUUCCUGAAAUGCUCCUGAAAUGCUCCUGAACUCUGAAUGAUCUCCCCACUCGACUCUGGAGUUGUUUUUCGAGCGUGAGAGCACAUCGUCGCAGUAUGUCAACCAGCACAGAGCUGCCGUUAUGCUGCCCGACCUGCGGAGAGGCGUGUGGCUUUGGAGAGCACCUGUCCAGCGCCCGCUCCUGCCAGAAACUCUGUCUGACCCCUCGCCGGAGCUCUGAGGGCAGACUCAUGUCCCUGUACGCCCAGCGAGAGAGCAAGAUCGACCGUCCUCUGCGGCUGGAGCUCCUGGAUGCCCUGAGUUUGGCCCGUCCGCUCCGAAAGAUUCUCAUUCAGAGGGACUUGCCCUCGUCUCUGUCUCCAGUGCUGGCGGUCGCCAUGAGCUCCAGAGCCGCAGAGGCGGAGGCAGACGCCGGACACGCUGUGGCCCAGCUGGGAGUGCCAUGGCUGGGCAGGCUGGCGCUGGAGGCCCGGCUUCAGCAGCUGGCGCUGGAGGUGCAGGAGCGUGUGUCGCUCAAACUGGAGACGCUGCAGUACGAGCUGCAGCGGAGGAGCGUGGAGGUGAGGCGGGCCAGGAGAGAGAGCGAGUGCAUGCACAGAGAGAAGCGUCAUGCGGAGGAGCGGGCGGCCGAACUGGAGCGGCAGGUGGACAUUUCCGUGGAGAUGCUGGCCAGCCUCCGAUACGAGCUGAGAGAGAGAGAUGAACAACUGCGGCGCAAGCAACAGUUCCUGAUGACUCUGUCUCAGUGGUGCUGUCAGACUCAGUCUCUCGUUCUUCACAACCUCAAACCUCGAUCUCGUGGCAAGAAGGAGAGUAAAGACGAGUAUUUACGCAGCACCAGGGGCGGGCUGGAGGCGGGGCUGGAGGCGGUGCUGAAGUCAGCGGGGCGGUGUCUCAUCGCUCUGCGUGUCUCUCAUUGUCCCAACAUUCUGACGGACAGAUCGCUGUGGGUCGUCAGCUGUCACUGUCGCGCGCUGCAGUCGCUCACAUACAGGAGCGCGUCGGAUCCGGCGGGACAGGAGGUGAUCUGGGCUCUGGGUGCGGGAUGCAGGAACAUCACGACGCUGCGCAUCGCUCCUCUACAGCCGUGCCUGCAGCCCAGUCGCUUCAGUAACCGCUGCUUGCAGACGAUUGGCCGCUGCUGGCCGAACCUGUGCCGGGUGGGAGUGGGCGGGGCCAGCUGCGGCGUGCAGGGAUUGGCCUCUCUGGUGAGGAACUGUGUGAACCUGUGUGAGCUGGAGCUGGACCACAUGAACGAGCUGAACCAGGAGGCAGCGGCGGAGAUCUGCAGAGACGGGCUCCAGCAGCUGCACACGCUCAGCUUCAUCUCCUCACCCGUCACCGCCAGAGCCAUACUGCGCUUCAGCAGUGUGUGUAUGAGUCUGAAGUGUGUGGUGGUUCAGUUGAGUAUCUCUGAUUACUUCGAGGACGCCAACAAUGAAGAAGCCAAGAGAUUAUUUGAGGAGAUCCAAAUCUCAUCUAAAAACAACUUCAUGAAAUAG